GAGAAAAGAAGGAGACCCCAGAGGAGCGAGCGCGUGGAGCGGUGCGCCAUGGGCCGUCAGUGCGCGCUGGCCCUCGCGGUGGUCUCCGCCCUGCUGUGUCAGGUCUGGAGCUCGGGGGUGUUCGAGCUGAAGCUGCAGGAGUUCGUCAACAGGAAGGGGUUGCUGGGGAACCGCAGCUGCUGCCGCGGGGGCGCCGGGCCGCCGUGCGCUUGCAGGACCUUCUUCCGCGUGUGCCUCAAGCACUACCAGGCCAGCGUGUCCCCCGAGCCGCCCUGCACCUAUGGCAGCGCAGUCACGCCGGUGCUGGGCGUCGACUCCUUCAGCCUGCCUGAGGGCGCGGGAUCCGACCCUGCCUUCAGCAACCCCAUCCGCUUCCCGUUUGGCUUCACCUGGCCGGGCACCUUCUCUCUGAUUAUUGAAGCUCUCCACACAGAUUCUCCAGAUGACCUCGCAACAGAAAACCCAGAGAGGCUCAUCAGCCGCUUGGCCACGCAGCGGCACCUGACGGUGGGUGAGGAGUGGUCACAGGACCUGCACAGCAGCGGCCGUGCUGACCUCAAGUACUCCUACCGCUUCGUGUGUGACGAGCACUACUACGGGGAGGGCUGCUCAGUCUUCUGCCGCCCCCGUGACGAUGCCUUCGGCCACUUCACCUGCGGGGAACGGGGGGAGAAAGUCUGCAACCCCGGCUGGAAAGGCCCUUACUGCACAGAACCAAUCUGCCUGCCAGGGUGUGAUGAGCAACAUGGAUUUUGUGACAAGCCAGGGGAGUGCAAGUGCAGAGUAGGCUGGCAAGGCAGGUACUGCGACGAGUGCAUCCGGUACCCAGGCUGCCUCCACGGCACCUGCCAGCAGCCCUGGCAGUGCACCUGCCAGGAAGGCUGGGGAGGCCUUUUUUGCAACCAGGACCUGAACUACUGUACACACCACAAACCCUGCAAGAAUGGGGCCACCUGCACCAACACAGGCCAGGGCAGCUACACCUGCUCUUGUCGGCCUGGGUUCACGGGUACCACCUGUGAACUAGAGAUCGACGAGUGUGACACCAGCCCUUGCAAGAGUGGGGGGAGCUGCACGGAUCUUGAGAACAGCUAUUCCUGCACCUGCCCACCUGGCUUUUAUGGCAAAAUCUGUGAACUGAGCGCCAUGACCUGUGCCGAUGGCCCCUGCUUCAAUGGGGGCCGGUGCUCAGACGGCCUUGAUGGAGGAUACACCUGCCGCUGCCCUGUGGGCUACUCUGGCUUCAACUGCGAGAAGAAAAUUGAUCGCUGCAGUUCUUCACCCUGUUCCAAUGGCGCCAAAUGUGUGGACCUCGGUGAUGCUUAUGUGUGCCGCUGCCAGGCUGGCUUCUCUGGGAGGCACUGCGAUGACAACAUGGAUGACUGCGCCUCCUCCCCGUGUGCCAAUGGGGGCACCUGCCGGGACGGCGUGAAUGACUACUCCUGCACAUGCCCCCCGGGCUACACGGGCAGGAACUGCAGCGCCCCUGUCAGUAGGUGCGAGCACGCACCCUGCCACAACGGAGCCACCUGCCAUGAGAGGGCCGGCCGCUAUGUGUGCGAGUGUGCUCGGGGGUACGGGGGCCCCAACUGCCAGUUCCUACUCCCUGAGCCGCCCCCAGGCCCGGUGGUGGUUGACCUCACCGAGAAGCUGGAGGGCCAGGUCGGGCCGUUCCCCUGGGUGGCCGUGUGUGCUGGUGCCGUGCUGGUGCUGGUGCUGCUGCUGGGCUGCGCAGCCAUGGGGGUCUGCAUCAGGCUGAGACUGCAGAAGCGCAGGCCCCCUGCGGACCCCUGCCGGGGGGAGACAGAAACCAUGAACAAUUUGGCCAACUGCCAGCGUGAGAAGGACAUCUCAGUCAGCGUCAUUGGCACCACUCAGAUCAAGAACACCAACAAGAAGGCGGACUUCUGUGGGGACCAUGGCACUGACAGGACCGGCUUCAAGGCCCGUUACCCCACAGUGGACUAUAACCUCGUGCAGGACCUCAAGGGUGAUGAAGCCACAGUCAGGGACGCACACAGCAAGCGAGACACGAAGGGCCAGUCCCAGAGCUCCUCAGGGGAGGAGAAGGGGACCCCAACCACACUCAGGGGUGGAGAAGCAUCUGAAAGAAGGAGGCCAGACCCUGUCUACCCUGCGCCCACAGAUACCAAGUACCAGUCGGUGUACGUCUUGUCUGAGGGGAAGGACGAAUGUGUCAUAGCAACUGAGGUAUAAAAUGGAAGUGACAUGGCAAAAUUCCCGUUUCUCUUAAAUAAAUAAAAUUCCAAGGAUAUAUGCCCCAACGAAUGCUGCUGAAAGAGGAAAGGGAGGCCCUCCGUGGACUGCUGCUGAGAAACUGAAUUCAGACUGAGCUGGUUCUCUCCUGAGUUAGCAAGGCGACGCUGCCGCACUGCCUUCGACGUCCCCAUUGCACUAUGGACAGUUGCUUUUAAGAGAAUAUAUAUUUAAAUGGAUGGACUUAAUCACUAUGUGAGAGCAUGCACUGCCUGGAGUGUAUAUUUUGGAUUCUUAUGAGCCAGUCUUUUCUUGAAUUAGAAACACAAACACUGCCUUUAUUGUCCUUUUUGAUACUGAAAUGUGUUUUUUCUAGAUGGAAAAAAUGUGUGUUAUUUUUUGGAUUUGUAAAAAUAUUUUUCAUGGUAUCUGUAAAGCUUGAGUAUUUUGUGAUGUUCAUUUUCUUAUAAUUUAAAUUUUGGUAAAUAUGUACAAAGGCACUUCGGUCUAUGUUACUAUAUUUUUUGUAUAUAAAUGUAUUUAUGGAAUAUUGUGAAAAUGUUAUUUGAAUUUUUUACUGUUUUGUUAAUGAAGAAAUUCCUUUUUAAAGUAUUUUUGCAGAAUAAAUUUUAUGAAUGACAA